AUGGGAGUUGGAUGCUGUAGGAACCCUCUGUUGCUGUUGGCUGUCCUGGUCCUGGCAGCCAGGCUAGGUCAUUUUCAAAGGUGGGAAGGCUUUCAGGAGAAGUCCACGAGUGAGACAAACAUGAAUUCAACACUCCAAUUCUUCAUUGAAAAAUACAACAAUGCUAGCAAUGACACCUACUUAUUUCAAGUCGACAAGCUACUUCAAAGUCAGAUGCAGCUGACGACUGGAGUGGAGUAUAUGGUAACUGUGAAGAUUAGCCGGACCAAAUGCAAGAGGAAUAGCACAACAAAAAAUUCAUGCCUCAUUCAAAGCAAAAACAAGCUGAAAAAGAGUUUCAUUUGUGACUUUUUGAUGUACACUGUGCCCUGGAUGAACUAUUACCAACUCUGGAAUAAUUCUUGUCUGGAGGCUUGA